AUGGAUUGGCAGUUGGUGGUGGAGUUUAUGUACGACUCUUUAUCACCUCUCGCGCCACUAUCUGCAUCUACUUCAUAUCCCGGAAAUCGAACAGGUGACCCCAUUCUCGACGUCUUUGGCAAAUCAACACUGAAGGGCCCUUCAAUUACAUCAAUUUCGGACAAAGAGGUGACCAAAGGAGUAGAAGGUGAAGGUGAGAAAAAUACAAUAAAAAGACAACUUGCCAGAACUUGGAAAUUAAAAUAUGCUCCUUCCAAUUCUCGGAGAACGAAGGAUAAGGUGAUUGUCGUUCGGCUAGCAGCAUUGUCUAUCUAUCAUCUCCACCUUGCGGCUUUGAAUUGCCUGAAGCCAUUUUUUGUGAUGAACUUCUGGAAUCGGCUAACUAAAAUCCACUGCAAUUGUUCUGAACUGAGCGACGACGGCACAGGGAGGAAGGCAAAGCUCUUAUAG